CAUCACUUCUGGUGACGUCUCGGAAGUUUCAGUCGCUCCCACAGAUGUUUGCCUGCGAACUGAAAGAGGAAGUGAAGUUGUGAGAGCUCAGAGCAACUCGGCGUCCGAGGCGGAUCUCAGCCCUGAAGCGGCCGAAUAUUCUCCCCCAAACUGGUGAAGACAGCAGCAUCAUGGCGCAGGGCUGCCUCCGCUGCCUCAAGUACACCAUGUGUGUCGCCAACUUCCUGUGUUUCUUGAGCGGCAUCGCAGUGCUCAGCUUUGGCAUCUACAUGAAGAUGACCUUUCACCUGGAGGCCCUGACCCCGUCCCUGACCCAGUUUGCCGUGGACAACCUGCUGGUGUUCAGCGGUAUCGUCAUCACUGCCGUGUCUUUCCUGGGCUUCCUGGGGGCCCUGAGGGAGAACCGCUGCCUGCUGCUGACGUUCUUCCUGGUUCUCUUCGUGCUCAUGUUGCUGGAGCUGACGGCAGCGAGUCUGCUCCUCGUCUAUGAUACACAGAUCGGUGUGUGGGUGCAGAAAGAUCUCAGAGACGGUUUGGACAGAGCCAAAGACUCGGCCAACAACACCACUGUGGUCUCAGAGUGGGACCUGCUGCAGGAGGAAUUCCAGUGCUGUGGAAUUAACAAUCACACCGACUGGGGAAAUCAGGUGCCGAAGUCCUGCUGCCUGAAGACCUGUUCCAUCCCACAGCCGCCCUUCAAAAAGGAGGGCUGCCUGGAGGUCACCAAGCGGUGGUUUGAGGAGAACUUCCUGAUCAUCGGCAUUUGUGUCAUCCUCAUCUGCAUCAUUGAGGUGCUGGGAAUGUGUUUCGCCAUGACGCUCUUCUGCCACAUCAGCAAGUCUGGUCUGGGGUACAAAUUAUAGCGGAGCCCCGCCCCCUCCACUCCGACCUUGUACAGAAAAUGAAAGGGGUUUGAAACGCGCCCACAGAAACGAUCUAUAAAAGCUUUGUUCCUCUCUUCCUCUUGUGAGAAAUAAAACCACUUCCUCUUCU